AAAAAAAAAAGAAAAGAAGAAAGAAAGAAAGAAAGAGAGAGACAAAACACACACCACCCAACACAUCAUUGUCCAAACAGAGCUGCUAUCAUUUCUCUCUAUAUAUUGCACACAACCUAAACACACAGACAGAUCCAAUCUCAGAUCCAUAAAAUUAUCUUGCUUACCGUAAUUUUUUCAUUUCUCUCCGGCGAUGGGUUUCCAAUCAAACGGCGCCACCGACAACAAAAAACCAUACAAAUUUCUAAUCUACGGUCGGACUGGCUGGAUCGGUGGACUCUUAGGUAAGCUCUGUGAAUCACAAGGUAUCGACUACACCUACGGUAACGGUCGUCUUGAAAACCGUGUGUCCCUGGAAAACGACAUCGCUUCAAUUAAUCCUACUCACGUUUUCAACGCUGCCGGCGUUACUGGACGUCCUAACGUCGAUUGGUGUGAAUCACAUAAGGUCGAGACUAUUAGAACAAAUGUGGCUGGGACUUUAACCUUAGCUGACGUUUGUAGAGAGAAAGGCUUGGUUUUGAUUAAUUAUGCUACUGGUUGUAUUUUUGAGUAUGAUGAUAAGCAUCCUCUUGGAUCGGGUAUCGGGUUUAAAGAAGAGGAUACUCCGAAUUUUAUCGGAUCCUUUUAUUCCAAAACUAAGGCUAUGGUGGAAGAGUUGCUCAAGAAUUAUGAGAAUGUAUGUACAUUGCGUGUCAGAAUGCCUAUUUCUUCUGAUUUAGCUAAUCCUCGAAAUUUCAUCACAAAGAUCACUCGAUACGAGAAGGUGGUUGAUAUUCCAAACUCGAUGACAAUCUUGGAUGAAUUGCUUCCCAUUUCUAUUGAGAUGGCAAAGCGAAACCUCACUGGAAUUUGGAACUUUACAAAUCCCGGAGUUGUCAGUCAUAAUGAGAUUUUAGAGAUGUAUCGAGACUAUGUUGACCCCAACUUUACGUGGAAAAACUUCACUCUUGAGGAGCAGGCAAAAGUCAUAGUUGCCCCAAGGAGUAAUAAUGAGCUCGAUGCUACCAAAUUGAGUAAAGAAUUCCCUGAAAUGUUGCCGAUCAAGGAGUCGCUUAUCAAGUAUGUAUUCAAGCCAAAUCAGAAAACUGCUGCUGCUUGAGUUGAAAGCUUACCCUCUCUUGUUAAGUACAUUUCAAGAUGAUGAGAAUGCCACUAGUAUUCAAAUUGUAGGUUUGAAUUUUUGGUUUCCCAAUUUCCCUAUUGUUUUUUGAUAUUACAUCUUGUUUUCCUCUUUCCGAGUGUUACAACACGAUUGCACCUAUUAAUAUUUGAAUGUUGUAUUUGUAACUUGAUCAUGAAUAAAGUAGCUGGAAGUGAUUUUCAAGUUAUAAAUAUAUUUUUUGGA